AUGUUUCAAGCAAGAAGAGGACAGUAUCAAAUGCAAAAUCAAGACUUGUUCAGACAUGCACCAAUUACAAAAGCUUGGUUAUUGAUGACGCUGUUCAAUUCUGUCGUCUGCAUGUACUUAAGUAUUAAUGAUUUUGAUUCUUGGAUUGCACCAUCAUUGGGAAAUAUCAUUUCUAUUAAAGGAGUUUUGCAAAUAAUUCCAUCAAAAUUUAUUUUUCAAAAUCCUUCAUCACUUGUUAGUGGAUUAAUCUUGUUAUAUUAUGGCCGAUUAGUGGAACGUCGCUUUGGUUCCUGCAAAUUCAUGAACUUCAUUUUAUUCAAUUUUCUUCAUGCAACUGCAAUCGAAAUAAUUAUUUAUUUUAUUCUCUCACGGUUUUAUGAUUAUAUCCCAUCAACUAUGUAUUUUGUUAUUGGACCGUAUGAUUUGCUCACUGCACUGUAUCUAACAUAUGUGAAGGAGAUACCAUUAGUUCCAUAUGCCAGUAUACUUGGCUUAUCAUUAUCAGCGCAUAGCUUUCCAUUCAUUAUGUUUAUUCAGCUGUUUACAUUAUCGAAGCCGGUAGUGAUUGCAUGUACAGCUGGUGCUUUAAGCGUUUUUUUGUGUCCAGAAUUUUCUACAAAAUUUAAUUUCUUGCCUAGUUCCCUUGUUCGGCUAUUUCGUUCCACCUCAAACCCGAUUGGUUGGCUGUUUCAGAAAUUUGCAGAAUGUGGUGAAUUUGGAAGAGAGGGAAGUGUUUUACCGGUAGCAGCAACGAUUGAGAGACAAAGGAUAGAUAUUCUAGAUAAUUACGAAAGGAGAUUAAUGUUUGGACAAAUGCAACGUGUUUACAGCAGUGAACGAACUCGUCCUAGUGACAAUCAACUUCAUUUUUUGAGUCGAUUACUGGGCAGGGCAUCCAGUGAUGGUGCACCAUCUAACGAAGACCAAGUGCGUCAACUUGUGGAUAUGGGUCUUGGUUCUCGAGAAGAUGUCAGAGAGGCUUUACAGCGAUGCGGUAAUGAUGCUUCUGAAGCGGCUAAUUUAUUAUUGCAUAAUAGGCGCUGA